CCUUCCCACCUGAGUUCAUGCAGGGUGUCCACUGGGGAUGGGCUAAGGACACCCUGGCAGCCGUGUGCCAAGCGAGGCGGUACGACCUCCUCAGUGUGACGAGUUGAAGUUCUCUAGGGGCGGUGGUGGUGUGUUUAACUUUUAAGCUCAUCUUUUUACCCAGUUUACCGUGCCUGCAGACUUUAUUAUGUAAUUUCCAGUGCCGGAGGAUACCUUAGCAAUAUAUAUUGGAAAGGUAAGGACAGUGAGAGUGUUGUACUAGAAGAGGUAGCAUGACACAGACGACAUUCCUUGAGAAAUCUUCGCCAGGCACUGAGACGAGAUGGUCCGCCGCCUGCGAUGGAGAGAACAGGACGAGCGGCUUGUAGACCAUCAGGCCCGACAAAUAUGGAAUGCGAUGCUGGAGGGGCAGCAUGGCGGCCCGCCCGCCCUCACCCUCCUCUUCCGAUGACCCGCCCUGCCCCGCUUCCACCACCUCGCCCUCACCCUCGCCCUCGCCUUCACCUUCGUGCUCGGAGCCUUCCUCCACCAGCAGUGGACUCUCCCCAUCAUCAGUGUUGCGAGGUCGCGUAUCCCCUGACGCGGGCAGCCUGGUGGCGGUCUCCACCCUCGAGGGGGAAGUAACCCCCGGGGAGGCUGAGCCUGACGAGGCAGCGGCGAGCCUGGAGGCGCGGGCAGGCGUGGCCUCACCGGCCUCCCCUGACCCUUGCUCCUCGGAGGUGAGCAGCUCCAGUCCGUCAGGCGGUGCCAGUCCGCCCUGGGCCCCGGACUCGUCCCAGAGCAGCACUUCCCUCCUGGAGUCCCGCCCUUCUUGGCCUCCUCCCAGACCCGGCCCUGCCACCCCUUCCUCCUCCAGCUGGGUGAGUCCUGGCGGUGAGGCCACAGUCUCCCGCUCUACCUGGCGGGCGGCCUCCCCGGCAGGCGCCACGUCCUCACUGUCGCCGGAGUCCCUCUGGGGUGACAUGGAGGGCGGCGACGUGACCUCCACAGGUCCGCCGGAGCUGCCGGAGCCGGCGCGUCCUUGCUCGGGUGACGUGCCCUCCACCACCUCCUCGUGGCUGCCCAACAGCCACCUUAGCUCCACGCAAGAGGGCGGGGCGUGGUGCCCGGCCAAUGAUGGGGCUUGGGGUGGCUGCGAUCCCUGGCUGCCGCCCCAGCCUGGGCCUGCGGAGGCAGUGGUGCCGCCCCCGUCCUGGAGAUCCCGAGCUGCGCUGAACCUUACCCGAGUCACGCCCACCGCCCCGCCCCCUAGGCCUCCCACGCCUCCACGCCAGUCCACGCCCCCACCAGGCCGAGCCCGCGCCCACUGCCAGCCGCUGCGCCAGUCGGUGUCCCCGCCCCCCCGUGGUUACCCUCGAGUUCCCUCCCCCUCGGGCGUGAGGCGGUCACUCUCGCCGCCCGCGCAUCCCCGCCCGCACACUCCAACCAGACGAUCGUCCUCACCUGCGCCACUGUCAGCCAUCCACGCCCAACCACCCUCCCCAGGCGCCAGGCCGCGGCUGAGCCCCCGCCCCAGGUCCGCCCGCACGCCCAGCCCCAGGCCGCCCCGACCCCCAGCCUCUGCCCCCGACCCCAGCCCCGCCUCCACCUCCCAGCAGUCCCCCCGCCCUCACUACAACAAGAUGAGGGGGCGAUGAGGGGCGAGAGUCACCGUGAGAUGGCAACACUGAACUGUCAGAAUGAGGAGAGAAAGAAAGAAAGAAAAAAAUGGAAAGGUGAUAAUCAGUAUUAUGUUUUUCGUGGGUAAGGAGAGAUGUGAGUGAAUGAGUGAGUGAGUGAGAGUGUGAAGCAGUGAUGAGUGGGAGAGUGAGGGAGGGAAAAAGUGAAUGAGGUAUACAUGAGUCAGUGAGUGUGUGUGUGAGACAGAGAGAAGACUAAAUGAGUUUGAGUGAGAGUAAAUGUUGUGGUGAAUUGUAAGUCAGACGUGAGCGCUCGCAAGGAGAGAGAGAGAGAGAGAGAGAGAGAGAGAGAGAGAGAGAGAGAGAGAGAGAGAGAGAGAGAGAGAGAGAGAGAGAGAGAC